AUGAGUAAAGAUAACCACACAGUCUCUGAAUUCCUACUAUUGGGAUUCCCACAAAUGAUUGGCAUUAAUGCUGUGAUCUUAUUUCUACUGAUACUGAUUAUUUACAUUAUGACGCUCAUACUAAAUUCUAUGAUCAUCGUAUUGGUGUCCACCAGACCACAACUCCAUUCUCCCAUGUACUUCUUCCUCCAGCAAUUAUCUAUAAAUGAAAUUGUGCUCUUGACUAUUAUCAUUCCUAACAUGCUGCGUGUUAUAUGGUUGGAAGGAGCCACCAUCUCUAUCACAGGUUGUGUAGCUCAGUCUUAUCUUUAUGUUGCAUUUGCAUGUUCAGAAUGUCACCUCCUUGCUGUCAUGUCUUAUGAUCGAUAUCUGGCCAUAUGUAACCCUCUGCGUUAUAGCACCAUCAUGAACAUCAACCUACAACAUUCCCUGGUCAUCUAUUGCUGGGUGUUUGGCUUUCUGGUUACCCAGAUUACUCUUCAUUUUAUGUUUCAACUUCAAUUCUGUGGAUCCAAUGUCAUUGACCAUUUUUUCUGUGACCUUGGGCCUUUCAUUGAACUUUCCUGCUCUUCCACUUACGCACUACAGUUAGACAUUUUUAUUUUUUCUGUCCUUGUAAUUGUCAUUCCUUUUAUCUUAGUUGUCAUUAGUUACAUCUGUGUAUUUACAACUAUUCUUGGGAUAACCUCUAAAACAGGUAGGAAGAAAACCUUCUCCACGUGCAGCUCCCAUCUCUCCGUUGUGACCAUGUACUAUGGAACCUUGACCACUAUUUACUUGGUUCCAGCUUCUGGUGACUCACUGACCAUAAACAAGGUGAUUGCCCUUUUGUACAUUGUUGUAACACCAUUGUUUAACCCAAUUAUUUACAGCUUGAAAAACCAAGAAAUGAGAGUUAUCAUGGGGAAAUUACUCAGCAUUAAGUGA